AUGAAACUUUUCUACGAUGCAGAGAUCUAUAAAAAGAUCGACAGACCUUGGGACAGUGUGGUGAGGUUUGUGAAUGUCACCCUUCCGGAGAUGGGGUGGGGCGAUGGAGAGUCCCAGGAGGUGGUGAUGGAUGUCGGAUGCGGGCCCGGACGACUCACUUCGAAAUUCAUCCUACCUCGCUUUCCAAAUUUAAAAGAACUCAUCGCACUGGAUAUUAUUCCUGAAAUGAUCGAGGCAGCGAAGUCUCUUUAUCCCCAUCCUAAGGUUGAAUACGUUGUGGCAGAUUUCGACGACAGAUCUUCCAUUGAAAAGUGGAAGGGUCAGCUGACUAAAUUCGUAUCGAUUCAUUGUUUCAAUCGUCUAAAACAUCAGAAGCAAGCUUUCGAAACCGUUUAUCAGCUCCUGAAACCAAAGGGAGAAGCAGCUGUGCUCUUCCUCCUACGCAAUGGUUAUUACGAUGCGAUAAUGAAGCUAUCGAAAGAUCCGAAAUGGAGCGAGUAUCUCAAUUUUGAUGUGACGGAAUGCAUCCCUCAAUCCCAGCAACAAAAUUUGAACUCAUUUCAUUUUAAGAAAAUUGUAGAAGAUAUUGGUUUUACUGUUCUACAUUGCCAAGAGACGCAAAAUGUGACAACAUUUCAAUCCGAUGAAGAAUACAAAUCAUUUUACUAUUCACUUUGCUCUUUUGUACCCUACAUACCGAUUAAGGAAGUGGAAGAUUUCAAAAAUGAUCUCCUGUAUUAUAUCUUGCAAGAAAACGGCAGGAAUCUGAACGGAACUCCAGUGGACAAGACAACCACCGUUGAAAUGGUGCUGAGAAAGUGA